UUCGAAUGAAACUAUAGUAAUGACGUGGCUAAAGCAGAGCGCUGGAAGCGGAAGACGAUCUAGUACCGUCAACACCCCCUACAUCAAUCGGGUCCUCACACGGCAAGAAAAUCACUCGUCUACAUUAACGAUGGUCACUGACGUCCAACUGGCAAUAUUUGCCAAUAUGCUCGGGGUGUCGUUGUUCCUCCUUGUGGUGCUGUACCAUUAUGUGGCUGUCAACAACCCCAAGAAAUUUGAGUAACCCCCUCCACGUCAAAAUGUUAAGAUUGAUCAUGGGACCAUCACUAAAGUAACAUCCAUCACUACACACGACAGCUGGAAGAAAUCGUUGUGUAAAUGUUUUCUAAGAAAAUGGUGUGAAUAAACUUUUUUUUCUUGA